AUGGGAUCUUUCAUUCUCCAAUCUGGUAUUGUGUCAGGCUCUCUUCAGGUCAUCCUUGAUCGAUUCACAACAUUCGCUCAAAGAGAACUCGACAAAGUUUUAGGCGUUGAUGAUGAGCUUAAGAAACUAGAAAGGACAGUAUUGAAGGUUCAGGCUUUUAUCGAUUCUCUUAGCAACCAGCUUCAGUGGCCUUCAACUCCUCUGGCGUUAAAGCUCUGGAUUCGGCACCUCCAAGACGUGCUUCACGAUGCUGACGACCUGUUGCAUGAGAUUGCCUUGGAAAUUUCAAAAUUUACUUCUAAUAGACCAACCGACACAGAACAGGUACGAACAUUGAUUCUCUCCAGAUUUGAUUUUAGCCUUCCUUCUCAAGUAGUGAAUAUGCAACGUAAACUAGAAGACCUAGUGAAAGAGAUGGACGGAAUGUUUGCUAGUGAGAUAUUGCUGAAGGCGACGCAAACUAUUGAAUGUAAUUGGAAACUGCACACUUCUAGUUCAUUAGUGGACGAGUCAUAUGUGGUAGGAAGGGAAUAUGAUAAAAUUGAAGUUGUGAAUAUGUUAUUGUCGGACGGAACGGACAGAGAAUCAACUUCUGUAAUUGCAGUUGUGGGCAUGGCAGGGGUCGGCAAAACAACACUUGCAAAGCUUGUUUAUAAUGAUGAGGCUGUCAGGUGGAAAUUCGACUUGCUAAUUUGGGUGACCAUUUCUGUGGAGAACAGUGUAGAGAGAAUCUCAAAAUCAAUUUUUGAGAGUGCUACUGGGAAGAUGUUGGAAUUAUCAGAUCUGAAUCACAUUCAAAUAGGAUUGGAAAAAUUGUUGGCGGGAAAGAAGGUGUUGAUUGUUCUAGAUGACAUGUGGAAUGAAAAUACAAGUCACUGGGAUGUCUUGCGGUUACCAUUUAGAGUUACAGCAGAAGGAAGUAAAAUCUUGGUGACUACACAAAGCAUGAGAGUCUCCAACAUUGUUGCUACUACUCCACCUUAUCAUGUACACACUUUAUUGGAUGAAGAUUGUUGGGCUUUGAUUAAGAAAAGAGCCUUCCCAAGCAUUGAGCUGGAUGAGCGCAACGAUUUGGUGGAAAUUGGCAUAAAGAUAGCAGAAAAGUGCCAAGGGUUACCAUUAGCUGCAAGAAUCAUUGGGAGUGUUUUGCAUUGUAAAUCGGAUAGAAAUGAAUGGGAGGCAAUAUUAAAUAGCAAAUUUUGGGAAUUACCUGAAAUUGGGAAUGAAAUUCUUCCAGCAUUGACACUAGGUUAUCAUCUUUUGCCUCAUUGUUUGAAACGUUGCUUUGCUUAUUGCUCAAUAUUUCCUCAAAAUUUUGAGUUUAUACAGGAUGAUUUAGCUCAACUAUGGGUGGCAGAAGGGUUCAUCCAACCCCAACCAAGGAGAAGAAUUGAAGAUAUUGGUAGAGACUACUUUGACAUUCUGUUGCAAAGGUCAUUUCUCCAAUUUUCACACCGUGACCAUAACAAUCAACAAGUGUAUAAAAUGCAUAAUCUCAUUCAUGAGCUUGCUCAAUUUGUUUCUGGGGAAUUAUGCUUUAGAAUGGAUGAUAAUAUUGACACGUCACAUCUAUGGCCUAAUUUCACAAAUGCUAGACACUUAUCUUUUGUUUCUGAUGGCAAUAACCGGCAGUCUUUGGAGUUGUUUCGUAAGUGCAAUCACCUAAGAACGUUGCUGUUUUUUUCAUCAGAAAGACAAAGCCAUGUUAAUGAUAUCUCUUAUGAACUCUUUCUUAGUCUUCAUCGUAUCAGAGUGUUGAAUUUGAACUACACCAAUAUCAGUGAACUUCCUGAUUCUAUUGGUGCUUUGAAACACCUCCGUUACCUUGAUGUUUCAAACACAAAUAUUGAAAAGUUGCCAGAGUCAGUGACAAGUCUACAUGGGUUGGAAACACUUAAGCUGAAAAAUUGUUUCAACUUUCUUCAGCUUCCCAUUCACAUGAAGAAUCUAACAAACUUGCGACACCUUGAAUUGGAUGUAAAGCAUCAAAUAACAUUUAUGCCACCAAACCUUGGAAACUUGACAAAUCUUCAAACACUAUCUGCCUUUAUUGUAGGCAAGGAGAAAGGGCAAGGGAUCGAGGAGCUGAAAAAUAUGAAUUUCCUGCAUGGAUCCUUGUGCAUCACUAACCUUGAAAAUGUGUCAAGCGUCAAAGAAGCUGUCAUGGCCAGGUUAGACAAAAAGCAAUACAUAGACAAAUUAGAGUUGCAAUGGAAUGAGUUUAAAGUUGACUCAACUGAACAAGUUUUAGCAGGACUUAGACCCCACUCUAUGAUCAAAGAGCUAACUAUAUCAGGUUAUGGUGGCUUUAUGUUUCCAAGUUGGUUGGGUGAUCCAUCAUUUAACAAGCUUGAGAGUAUUUAUUUGCAAAAAUGUCACCAUUGUCGGCACCUUCCUCAACUUGAAGGGCUUCCAUCUUUGAGAUCUUUGUACAUUAAUGAGAUUCAUGAUUUGCUAUCACUCCACAUUUUUCGUGGUUUUCUACGUUUGCAAUCACUUACAUUGCAAGACAUGCAAAAUCUGCAGCAAUUUGAUUGGGAUGAAGGUGCCAUGCCUAAGCUACACCAACUUGUUAUAGUAGAUUGUCAAAAUCUACGCUCUCUUCCUCAACUUCAUCAUCUUUCUUGCCUUGAAAAUUUAGAGAUUAUGCAUUGUCCUCAGCUCCAAUCAUUGCCGAAUGACGGACUGCCAACUUCAUUGGAAUCUCUUAUCAUUGUACAAUGUGACAUUCUAAGAGAACAAUGCAGAGAAAAUUAUGAUCAAAUGUGGAGAAUACAAAGGGUUGAGAUUGAUUAUGAGCCCCUCUGA